GCCGCUCAGGAAGGCGCUGAGCUCAAACCCUCCCGCCCGCCCCUCCGCUGCCCCGGCCCCGCCGCCCCGACCGCUCCGACGCUCAGAGUUUAAAAAUGGGACGUCGCUCCUCGGACACAGAGGAGGAGAACAGGAGCAGGAGGAAAAAGAAACACCGGAGGCGCUCCUCUUCCAGCAGCUCCUCAGGCAGCAGGACUUACAGCAGGAAAAAAGCUGGGAGGAAAUCCAGGUCACGCUCCCGAGAUCUCCAGUCUCACUCUUAUGAGAAAAGACGCAGACACAGAUCCAGCAGCAGUUCCUCAUAUGGGUCUCGAAGAAAACGCAGCCGGAGCCGAUCCAGGGGCAGAGGCAAAUCCUACAGGUCUCAAAGAUCAAGAUCAAAAAGCAGAACUAGGAGAUCCAGAUCCAGACCUCGUCAGCGUUCCUACAGUGGCAGCAGUGAGAGGUCCAUCCAGAGGAGAACUCCCAGUGGAUCUCGGGAAAGGGAGCGACGGAAAGGCAGAGAGAAGGAAAAAGGCAAAGAGAAGGGGAAAGGAAAAGAGAAGGAGAUGUGUGGCACAAAGCAUGGGGACCCAGCAAACAUCAAAGCUGGAUUAGAACAUCUGACUCCUGCUGAACAGGCCAAGGCCAGGUUGCAGCUGGUGCUUGAGGCAGCUGCUAAAGCAGAUGAAGCCUUAAAGGCUAAAGAGAGAAGUGAGGAAGAAGCAAAGAAAAGAAAGGAAGAAGACCAAGCCACCCUGGUGGAGCAAGUGAAACGCGUCAAAGAAAUUGAAGCUAUUGAAAGUGACUCCUUUGUUCCACAGGCAUUCAGAUCAAGUAAAGAAGUCAAAAAGUCCACAGAGCCUGCUGAGCCCCAGUAUGAACCUGUAACUAUUGGAGCAGGAACUGGUGAUGCAUCUGUCCCUGAGAAAGAGCCACCACCUGCCAAUAUCCCUACUGCCAUCAAAUACCAGGAUGAUAAUUCUCUAGCACAUCCAAAUCUGUUUAUUGAGAAGGCAGAAGCAGAAGAGAAGUGGUUUCAGAGGCUGAUUGCCCUUCGACAGGAGAGGCUGAUGGGCAGCCCCGUAGCCUGAGCAAACAGCAGUGACCAUCACAGCCCAGUCCUCCAGGAGUGCUGAGAAAUCCUCCCAUGAAAUGGUUCUGGUUUUCUCUUUUGAGAGGAUUUUAAUACUCGGUAUGAGCUGCACAGAGAAGAAUUUUUUUUUCAUCUGACUAAAGGAGAAUGUUCUGUUCCCUGGUUUGCUCCCCAGCUCAUUGCUGGGUGACCUGUGUUGCUGUAGCUGGGAAUGCUAUCAGAGCAGUGUAAUUUGCUUUAUUUUGGGCUGAAUUCCUCUGGGGUGCAAAAAAUCUGACAGCCCAAGGAGAGGUAAUUCUGUACCUCCCAAUAGAAAAAAAUAAAUAUAAAUAAAAAUACAUAAGGAACCAUGCAGUGGGUUAAAGAUAAACAAAAAAAUGAGGCAGGCAAAGAAAAGUUUAGCUUUACCAGAGGGCAGACUGUUAAAGUACAAGUGAUACAACCCUGGGCCAUGACAUCUUUUGCAGCUGGAAGAGGAUUCUGUUUCCUUCAGCAUCUACCCAGUGGGCUCAUCAUUCAGGAGUGGGUGUUGGGCAAAAAUUAUUUUCUCCUUUGAAACAAAUUUGUGAUGUUUUCAGCAGGUUUCAAUACAUACUAUUUUGGGGGUAAUUUUAAGGCCAUUAAAAUGUUCCAUGAUCUGGAAAAGUCAGCUUUCUGUCAACUCUUAGUGGGAAAUAAUAGAAAUAAUGAUUGUGUGUCAUGGUGCACACUUUGGUGAACAAGACAAAUGCCAAGCCUAGGUCUGCAUGGAGCAGCUGUGAAGCUUCUCUUUGUCCAGGUGGGAUGGAUGAAAUUCAGCUCAAAUAUACAAAAAACCACCCAAAACCCCUGUCUACCAUCUGUAUAAGUGCCAGAGAGAUCAGCUGAAUAAAACACAGAGUUACUUUGUCUGGUAAAGCUGUGAGGAAAGUGUUAGGUAAGUAGAAAACUAAGGUAAGCCCCCACCUCUGGACAUACCUUGUUGGAAAUUACCUGCCUCAGCUUUCCCAUGUGAGUGAAAAAAUUCAUUUUCUGUUCAAUUUUUGUUGUUCUUGGUGACUAGAAUAAGGGGGGGGUGACUGAAAAUGUCCUUUGGUUGUCUUAUUUUUUUAGAUCACUGAUGGAAAAGGAAAUCUGUAUUAAAUCUGCAGACUGACACAUUUUUACUUUCUGGUGUUAGUUUUACUUGGUCCUGCACUAAAAUGGGAAUCUGUGUUUUAAGGCUUCUGUUGUUGACAAAAAAAAGUGGGGGGGAAAAUAGUUUCUCUUGUUUAAUUUCAUCCUUUUCAAGUGGUAAAUACUUGUCAUUGUUUUGUCUUGUAAUCUCCUUCUGUGUUUCCUUCACAGUCAAUAAAAACUGCCAUGGAAGGUAUGGUGUAAA